AUGACGACGUAUUUCCCGGUAUUUCGCUCUCGUCAGCGUCCUCAACAACCCGAAUUACGCGACGAGACACCCACAGAAGUCAGAUCGCGUGCACCAUCAGGUCAACCACCGGGAGUAGCAAGUGCGACAGGAGCAUACGAAGUAAUGGAACAAAUGGAAUCACAGUCCAUGUUUAUCUUCCCUGCACCUUCAUCUGCGCCCCAGACACCUCUUCACGUCUCCAUCCCCCAGAGUCCAGCCUCUGGAUCACUCUCGAGUCUAUCCCUUCCAACGUCCAUAAGCGUAGAAAGUGGGAGUCUGAGCCUCAGUGGUACCAGCACGCCAUCUUACGUGCGGCGGCUACGACUUCGUGCGCCGCGAGGCGAAGAGGCGGCUGCUGGGGGAGCCAUCCAGGAAAGUAUUGGGCCCAAUGGACACGAGGGAGUUAGGAUAUAUACGCAGGGUGGACUAGGGCUCGCACAUCUGGAUGUUGGCCUAGAAAGCGCCAGUGAGCCAUCAGAGAGCGGUCUCGACGUCGAGGUCGAAGUUUGGGAAUGGUCCUCUGUCAACGUAUCCAGUAGAGGAUCACAAGUGGAUCCAAACUUGCCCAAUAUCAACUCGCUACUUUCCGACCCACACCACUCGCAGCCACAGUGGCUACCCGCUCACCUCCGAACGCGAACAAUUUCGCAAUUCACAAACGCCAGCAACAUGUCAGCGUUGUCAUACUUCAGCCACUCAACCACCCCACUUCCGAAUCUCGUACCAGAACUUCCCAUCCAUUUCCCACUUCUCGCGUGGAUACGGAGGCUCUUCAAGAUUGACGACGAUACAUUACUCUUACUUGGUGUCAAUGGAUGUUCAAGUGCAGAUUCGACCCUCUUCGCAUCGACACCGUUCGAUUUAGCAACUUCAUCACCCACACCGGCAUCUUCGUCAAUCAUCGUAGAAGGUGAGAAGAAACAGAAUCAAGUCAUCGCUCUUCUCAUCAGCGACGAAACCCACGCUGUUCACCAUCUCCGCGCUGGAAUGCAAUUCGCUGCAUCAGAACGGGAGAACCCUGUACCCUGCUUGGACCCUUUUCAACUGUCGCUGCGCAAGGUCAUCAUGUCACCCAUAACACUGGUCUCUUCCGCGGCCACGGGCGCUGUCAGGCUUACCUCGGAUGCGGUCUCUUUGUCAUCCAGCGCGCUAGGUUCAGUUGGCGGGAAGUGGUUGAGACAGAGUCCUGUCUGA